AUGCAGCGCUUCACAGCCUUGUAUCAAACCCAGACAGCGCGAGUCAGCGUUGAUCAAGGUCAGACAACGCAUCCGCGUCGCAGCCUCCUACCAAAGCCAGACCGCGUGCGCUUGGGCGACCUGGCAGUAUCCCAGCCCUCGUGCCUCCUCCGUGUGGCAUGGCAGCUAGGCACCGAAGGGGUGCUACAGCUGAACGAUUUUUUUAAUCCAAAUACAAAUAAUGAUCUCCAAUUGAAAUUUCACUCUGUUACACCCUUUCGGUGCCUAGCUGCCAUGCCACCCAAAGGAGCACGAGGGCUUGGGUAA